AUCCUCCACUGUUGCCAUAGUUACCAAGUAACAAACUAGCAUACUUGGGAAAGAUCAGGAGCCAGACUUUUGCUUUCUACAAUUGAUUAAAAAAUACUGAUUACAAGGGAUGGAGACUAAAAACACACGGCCCAUUUUUCCUUGGUACAAGGAGAGGUUGCAGACCAAGGAUCUAAAAACCGCAAACAAGAUUUUAGUAAACACGAGCCUCGAUGACUUCAGUGAUUGCUCGUCAGUCUUGUUCGGGGCCAACAGAGGUGUCUCACCGGUCAUUCUCCGUGGCACUCCAAAUCCCAACUCCAGUCAAAAACCUAGAAAGUGCAUCUCUAAAGAGCAUGCAUGCUUCUCAAAGCAGAUGAUCCAAAAGCAGAUUCGCAGAGAAUAUGUGUCUUCUGUAGAGGAAAAACUCAAGCAGCAUCCUCUAGCUAUGUAUCCAUUCUAUAAGGAUCACAUCACACCAGAGUUAUUUGAUAAGGUGGUAUCGGUUUUGGACCCAGACAUGUGCGUAAACAGUGCCUCUGCACUUUCUACGCCUACAGUAGACCAUGUGGAGGAGGAAGAUGAGGAAAACUGUAAAGAGCCAAGUAAGGAAGAAGUGGACAGAGAAAAACACAAUAAAAUGCAAGUAUACUGGCAGUUUGAUUGCCCCAAUGAUCAAACUCCAACUCCCAGGAAUCCUUACAUACUACAAAUGAAUGCAAAUGGUAUCAAGAAGGGCCAGACGAUCAAAGUAAAUCAACUGAGUGCCCAUAAGGACAUGAAAGAAGCUGCCAAACUUUUCAGCAAAUGGUUUGCCUCUCCGGUAAGAGCAAGACGAAGAGACCACUAUUACUGAAUCUGCCAUACCUGGCAGUUUUGACAUUGGCCCUCAAGACUCGUUCCUCACCAACUUCCUCCCUUCGAGUGGAGAACACCAUCAGUGACACAAGAAUGAAACCCUGUCAUAGCCAUAAAUAGACAGGACGGUUAGGUUUCAAAAGCCUCUGAGACAAAUAAGGUACAAAAAGACUAAAGUUCACCAAAUCGUAAGCCCACAAAUAGUACAAUAUAAUCUUUGAUGGCUGCUGGGUAGAAAAAUCCAAGAACAAGGAGCUGGACUUUGAUAUCCCAAACAAUGUUGAUGACAUCAGGACUACAGUAUCAUCUCAAGACAAUUCAUGUCCCCUUUGCAGCAUAUGAAGCAGUUGGUUUGUUGACAACAUGAGGAGUUGAAACAGAUGUAUGUAACUUUAGCUGCCAGGAGUUAUGUAAUCCACAAUAGACUUUCUAAUGCCAAGGGUAAAAGGCAAAACUAUACAUUUAGAGCAGGGGUUUUAAAGGCUCAGCGUCUGGGUUCACAGCAUUUGUAUAGAGGAAAUGCUCUUGAAACUGCACUGUAAAAAGACAAGAAAAAGGAGAAGUGCAUCUAAAAUAUGUCUCACUGCAGUUUCUGAAUAAUCUCCUUACUGAAGAGGAAAAAACGAGCUUCAGCAGAGGUUUGGGUCUGUUUCGUAAUGCAGUAUAAGGGAACACGGAUAAUUAAGCACUGUGUGUACGCAGAGGGGGGCAGAGGUUUUAUGUUUAAUGGGUGCCUAAAAUUAACUUGGCCAGCUAAUAUAAAGACUGCAUUAUAGGCCUUUUUCACAGCAGCCAUUUUGACAUGAAAUAGUAGUGUAGCACAGGUUUUACCAAUGAUACUGAUUAUGGUUGAGUUCCAUUUAGUGUCGCACAGCCUUUCCACUGAGCCAACAUACACAACAGCAGCACGCUGACUCUAAUUGAGCUGAAUGGAAAGGAACAUUAAUUUGUAUCACUGGCAACACCUGUGUUUACCCUACUAUUUCAUGUCAAAAUGACUGCUGUGAAAAUUGUCUAUUGUCAGCUAUUCCUUCCUAUUUGUAUCAUACUUGUCUAUACUGUGUGUACUACCAUAUAUACAAAUAUGAUACAUAUACAAAAUCUAAAUAUUGUUGUUUUUUUUUUUGGCAUGAUUCCUGGUAUGACAUGACAACUCAAACACAUCCAUUUAAAGAAAAAAACUUUAUUUAUAAAAUAAAUUACAAAAAUGCACCUGAUUAUAAAACCAUCCUUGACAAGUUCAUCUGGGGAGCUGUCUGAAAGACAAAAAACAACAACAAUGAAUUCUGAGAAAACUGUAUUUAAAAUGUUUAUGAAAACUUUGAUGCCUGUGAGCUGCUGAAGGACACGUGUAGCAGGGAACUUCUAUUGGUGAAAUGGAUUUCAGUUGCCUCAUUAUAUCUUCAGACUUGUGUGCUACAGUUAAUCAAUGUGAGAAAACAUCUAUCUGUCUUAUCAUUUGUUAUUGAUCAGCAGUAAAUAUUUGACUUUUGUGUCAUUGUUAUUCAGCUUAUCCCUCUCCUCACAGUAAUUAAGAUCUAAUUAAUGUGUAUUCUCUUAGUGUUUUAUUCUAAAAAAAAAAAGAAAAAAUAAUGUAACUGCUUAGUUUAUUAAAACACAAUCUGUUAUCAUACCAUCAUAUCUGCUGAAAUAAUAAACUGUAUGUUUAUGACGUACAAUAUUAACAACUUA